AUGGCGAAUCAAUCACCCUUGGACGUUUACCUUGGCAAUGACUGGACCCGUCAUAAAGCAGAUUUCUGGCGAGCAAUGGCUGACCAUGUUUCUCAGGCAGAUGCGGGCCAGGUUGUCCUGGUUAUGGUUGGCUUGCCAGCCAGAGGGAAAAGUCUGAUAUCCGGCAAAGUCAAACGCUAUUUACAAUGGACCUCGGUCAAAGCAGAGAUAUUUAAUGUCGGCAAGUACAGAAGGGAAGGCACACCUCAUCCAGAUGCGAAGUUUUUUGAUGCUGGCAAUCCUGAGGGUGAGAAGGCUCGACGAGCAGCAGCUGAAGCAGCAGUCGCGGACAUGCUGAAAUGGCUCAAAGACUCUGCGAACAAAGUCGCCAUACUCGAUGCUACCAACUCUACAAAAAGCCGCAGGAAAUGGAUAUAUGAGAAGCUCGAAGAAGCGAGAAUGGCUCAUUGUUUUGUAGAGAGCAAAUGUGAUGACGAGGAACUGAUCAUGGCAAACAUUCUCGACGUCAAGACCACUUCUCCAGACUAUGUUGGUCAAAACCCCGAAGAAGCAGCCAGGGAUUUUCGUGAUCGCAUCAAGAUGUACGAGAAAGUCUACCAAACAAUCGACGAGUCAGAAAAGCAUCUCACCUAUGUCAAAGUUACAAAUAUCGGGCACCAAGUAGUCAUCAACCGCAUACAAGACUACCUGCAAUCACGCCUCGUCUACUUUCUUACCAAUCUACACAUCAAGCCUCGAAGUAUCUGGCUCUCCCGCCACGGUGAAUCAGAAUACAACCUCGAAGGUAAAAUCGGUGGAGAUGCCAACCUCUCCUCUCGUGGCUUCCAAUAUGCCAAAAUGCUUCCCGAACUUCUACGCAGAAGUGGUCUACCGAAAGACGCACCCCUCACAGUCUGGACCAGCACCCUCAAGCGCACAAACCAGACCGCCGAAGGUAUCGUGGAAGAAUUUGGCUGGGAAAAAUUACAAUGGAAGGCCUUGGACGAACUAGAUUCUGGCACCUGUGACGGCAUGACUUACGCUGAAAUCGCAGACCAAUACCCCGAAGACUUCAAAGCCCGCGACGACGAUAAAUACAACUACCGCUACCGCGGCGGCGAGUCAUAUCGAGAUGUAGUCAUCCGCCUCGAACCCAUCAUCAUGGAACUAGAACGAUCAGAGAAUGUCCUCAUAAUCACGCACCAGGCCAUCGUGCGAUGUAUCUUCGCAUACUUUAUGCAGGUGGACCAGGCGAAGAGUCCAUGGAUGGAGGUGCCCUUGCACACAUUGAUGAAGUUGACACCGAGAGCAUAUGGUGUCGAAGUCGAAAAGUUCAAGGCUAAUAUCUCUGCUGUGUCGACAUGGCGGCCAAAAGGAAGUACAGCGAAACAUCACGAGGCGGGCGAGGCGGAUACUGUGGUUGGCGAGGUUGUCGCAAACGGACAUGGAAAUGGAAAGGAGGAAGAACAAAAGAAUGGGACCAAUUAG